AUAUUUCAGCAACACAUCUGUCAAUUUCCAGCCCAACCGAUAUCAUAUCAUAAUCACUUUCUCUCUCUAAUAUUUCUCCUCCUUAUAUUUGGAGCUCAGUUUCAGUGUAGCACAAAUUUAAAGGAGAUGAAUGCAUCCGACCUCAAACUGGUGGAUUUCUCGCUGAGGCUGUUUGUUAUCCCUUUCAACAUUGCUUCCAUUUGGAUCGCCAUCAACAACAGUCAGGAUAACUCCGACUAUGGUAAAUUGGAGUUCCAUGACUUCGUCGGCCUCAAAUAUAUGGUUUGCGUGAGUGCAAUUGCUGCUGUGUAUGCUUUGUUUGCUGCUGUUUCUUCAUAUCUCAGAUGCUUGCUCACUAAAGCCUGGCUCUUCUUCGUUACUGAUCAGGUGCUGGCAUACUUAAUGGUGACAUCAGUGGCAGCAUUGGUGGAGUUUCUAUACUUGGCCUACAAUGGUGAUCAAAUGGUGUCAUGGAGUUCAGGCUGUGUUUCUUAUGGGAAAUUCUGUAGCAGAUUGAAGAUAGCAUUGAUUCUUCAUGUAAUUGCUGUCUGCUGUUUCCUGGUUUUAGCACUCAUUUCUGCUUAUAGGCUGUUUAGAAGAUUUGACCCACCUUAUGUUCCUUCUAAAGACCCCCUACAAGAUAGGACUUAAUUAAUUCACCCACUAAUGUUGUUUACUCGGACUUCCCUAUCUAUCUAUUUUUUUCCACUA